ACAACGUGCCGAAAUCAUCAGCCGUUGCGAAAAAGGAAACUUGUUUUUUUAAAAAAUUUGGAAGCGUCCGCCCUCGAUCGAUGGCGUGACGUACUCGUCACCGGCGCCCCUUCUCGAUCUCCUCCGAUCGCUGGCUCCGCCGCGCAGGCGGUUCGAAGCAAGCGGCAUUCGUUGCACGAACUAGGGACUUUACUUGGUCCCCUGCGCCGAAUUAGGGUUUCACCUCCCGGCUUGGGAUUUGGCUGCUCGGAGAUUUGCUUCGUUUAGAAUGCUGAGGUUCUGCUCGAGCCGCUGGAUUACUUCCUGUUAGGGUUGAUCCUGGUUGCUAGACGGUCUCAUUGGUUCGGUUGAGUAGUUUGCUGCGUAUAUGUUAGCUUUCGAAGUUAUUUCCUUCUUGCGAUGUUUCCGACGAGUGAAGCUUUCAAUUCUUUGGGUUCGGUUGUUGUAGCUAACUCCGCAUUCACUGUAGAGUCUUUGCUGUCUCCUGUUGUUGGAGUGUCUUCUUUUGCCCAUUAUUUGUUUCCUUCUAGGGUUGAUCCUGGUUACUGGACGGUUUCAUUGGUUUAGUUGAGUAGUGUGUCGUGUAUAGAUGGGCUUUCAGAGCUAUUUCCUUUUUGCGUGUUUCUAGCGAUUGAAGCUUUCAAUCCUUUUGGGGGUGGGCUAUUGUAGCUAUCUCCGCAUUCACUGUAGAGUCUCUCUGCUGUCUCCUUUUGUUCUUCUGUUUGACCAAGAAGCUCCUCCAAAAUCUUCCCUCCAUUUUGUCGAUACCCUAAUUUGCUUUCACAGCAUGCUCAUUUACUGAAAUUGGGUCUUGGAUUGAACUUGUUCAGGGGUUCGAGCAUGAAAUUGUCAGAAAAUAUGAGACCAGCUUCGGCUUCAAGUGGUUUGGAUGGAUCAAAUUUUGUUGCUUCCUAUAACAAUGGGCAACGUGUAACCUACUCCGGUUCUGCCCUGGAUAGGUCUGGAAAUAUCCAUGAUAGCUUGGAGAACCGUAUUCUGGCUACUGGUUCCAGUACAUUACGAAACACACCUCCUGGGGAAAUUCCAUUUUUAUUCCACUAUCCAUCUAUAGAGUCUUUCUCAAUGAGCGAGAGAAAGUAUUCUCGCAGUUCAGAAUUUCAAAGAAUUCUAAGUGUAGCAGUCGAGGAGAACACUUUUGGAUCCGUACAAUCUAAGUCACUCCCACCUAAUGCAUUAGAGGACCUUAAGCGUUCCAAAACCAACAUAUCCAAGACGUCGACCAAAGCAAGGAACUUAACGAAGUUGUUACAGAACUCAAUUUUCAGAUUAGAUAGAUAUCGCAACUUGAUCUCAAAGAAACGGCAAAGAACUGAUCGAUCAAACGAGAAGUCAGGUAAUUUGAAUUCAUUAAAGAUGGGAGGUCAAAGUCAUGCAGAUUCUGCAGAAAAUGCAAGCCCGAGACUAGAAGAUAGAACAAAGAAUCUAAUUCCUAAAAAGCGUAUGCGAUCCUCUAUGGCGGAAGUACGGGGUACGGUUCUGCCUAGGCAAGCUGCAGGUGUAGAAAAAGAUAAAACUGUAAUGUUUGACAAAGAUAGAGGUGUGCUUAAAGGUUGUAAUGUAGGACUAGUAAUUUCAGAUGACAAAAUGUGCAGACUCCCUCCGGGGGGUGAUGGCUGGGAGAAAAAUAAAAGAAAACGUUCUGUUGGCCUUAGCAGAAUAAGUGAUGGAGAUCGAGAGCUUAAACAGUCAAUUCAGCAAAGGCCUAAGAAUGAACCCCGUUUACGUUCCUCAAAUGGCAUUGUAUUCAGACCAGGAUUAUCUUGUGGAACCAUAUUAAGCAACACAACGGAUAGCAAUCCCGAACUCAGUGGUGCUAACUCCUGUGGUACACCUAAGAACGAACUUGAUAGCAGCUCCGUUCCAAACGAAAGGCAAGACCACUCUGUUGGACUAGAUAAUGAACAGAGUGUAUCUAGAGGAAGCAACAGGUUAAAUAUUCAGGAAGAUACUCAGGUGGGAAAUCAAAUUCCUUUGGUAAAAGGAAAAACAACUAGGAUACCACGAACUAGUUCAAACCUUGUUACAAAUGCACCCUCUAAUUUCCUUCACUCGUUUGGAAGCAAUGAUUGUCCAGAGCAAAUUCCUAUGAGCAAAAUUCAGACUUCAAAUCUGGUGAGCAACCGUAGAAGGGUUAUAAAUAAUGAUUCUGUGUCACCCCCUGUAACUCAAUGGGUGGGUCAAAGGCCUCACAAAAUAUCGAGAACAAGAAGAGUCAAUGUAGUUUCUCCAGUUUCAAACACGGAUGGAACUCAGUUUUUGCAUGAAGUUUUUUCUGCUUCUGAUGUUGGAACUCGUAUGAUGACCACAGAUACCAGUGGUCAUCUAGUUUCAAGGGGAAUAACCAGUAGCUCUCAUCAAUCAAAACUGAAACAUGAUAAUGCCCUCCCUCCUCUGUUAUCAGAAAGUGAGGAGUCUACUGCAAUCAAAACCAAGUUUAAGGGGAAAACAAGUAAUAAAUUUGAGCUAGAGGAUGGUGUUCAAGCACCACUGAAGGCUACAACUCUUGUUUUGCCAAUAAAGAACAAACCUUCAAAAGAAGAAAUUGGAAUUGAAAUUCGCAGGCAAGGUAGGAGCAGAAGAGGAUCAGUUCAUUCAAAAUCAUGUUUACCUUUACCGAAGGAAAAACUGGAAAAUAUAGAUUCUACCAAGCCACUCAAAAAUGGAAAGCAUAGUUCUGAAAGGAGUGAAAGUAGGAUUGGUCGGCCUCCAAAAAAUAUGUCAGAUCGGAAGGUUUUUGCCCAGACACAAAAUACAGAUGUCAGUUCACUGGAACGAACAGGAGAAUCAGAGGAUGAUCAGGAAGAAUUACUAGCAGCUGCUAAUGCUGCUCGCAAUGCUAGCUAUCAUGCCUGCUCUAGCGACUUUUGGAAGAACAUGGAAUCCUGUUUUGCUUCUGCUACAUUGGAUGAUUUAGCUUUUUUGAAGAAUCAGAUACAUUUUACAAAAGAGCUAGAUUCAAGUUUUCCCUAUAGUAUCGAAGCUUGCAAUGAUUUGAUGAGUGAAGUUUUGAAUGAUCUGGCAGCAUCACCUCACUUUUCUUAUGCUAGAGAGCAAAUAAACUCAGUUGCACCAACGGACAAAUCUUUUGAGGACCUUUAUUCAGCUGACCAGAGACAGCUUGUCAAAACAUCAAUGGGGAGAUUAGAGAUCAAGAGAUUGUAUGAGAAACCAGCUCCGCUCUCACAUAGGCUUCUCUCAGCCUUUAUUAUAGUAGAUGAGAUUGCCAAUUUUGAAAAUGACACUCAAGAGGAGUUCAAUUUACAAUUUUCAAAUGAUAAUGCUCACUAUGGUCCAAACAGUCAUGUUCAUGCUAAAGAUUUAUCAAAAAUGGAUUGUCCUUCAGAGCUUGAUUGCACCAAUCAGAGAAAUGGGAUAGCUUAUGAUGGAUUUUUGACCACCAACAACUUUAGGCACUCAAAUCUUCAGAAUUUUAUGCCUUGUGAUGAUCCAGUUGUUGAAAAUCAUGCCUUUUGGAAUUCAUGCAAUGGGUCGCUUUCUGACUACCAGAAAAAUGAUUGUAAUCUUCUGCAGACAAUGAAGGGCAACUCUCCAUAUGAAUGCCAAUAUGGGAACAUGUCUCUUGAUGAUAGGAUUUUGAUGGAGUUGAACAGUAUAGGCAUAUAUCUGGAUACAAUGCCUGAUUUUGCUGACUGUGAAGAGAGUGAAAUUGACAAAGCUAUUUCAGAACUUAAGUUUGGACUCCACCAGCAGGCAAGGAAAAAGAUAAAUCAACUUGAUAAAUUGGAACUAGCAGUUCAAGAUGCAAAGAAGAUUGACGAAAGGAAACUUGAACAGUUAGCAAUGAAUAAGCUUGUCGAAAUGGCACACCGAAAGCUAAUGGGUGGUCGAGGUAGUCACAAGAGUAGCAUCACUAAGGUGUCAAAACAACUUGCAUUGUCCUUUGCUAAGCGAGCAAUAGCCAGAUGCCACGACUUUGAAGCAGGCCAAAGUUGCUUCAGUGAACUGACACUGCAGAAUGUGCUCAUGUCAGCGCCUUUAUGCCAAAUUAACACUAAGCAUUCUGUUGCUGUUAUUCAUGAAGAGAUGAGGAACACUCAUCUCGGCUAUGGAAUGUCAGGUAUUUGGUUUCUCUCAUAUUUUCCCAAUUUCAGCAGAAUUCAUGUCUACUUGCAAUGUCUAUAUGUAAAACCCGUGUCUGCAUUUCUGAGUGACAAAUUUCACUUUUCGCCUAUUAUUUUCGUAACAUCUGCUAAUUGGAUUUCAGAGGUAACUUCUGUUUCAGGGAGGCAUGAUUGUCCUAAUAAUAUUGGUCCAACGCCAUCAGAUCCUCACCAAAGUACUCCUCAAUCGGAUGAGAAAUCAAGUACUAGAACCAACCGGAAGGAGGUGCUUAUGGAUGACGUCACUAUAGGUGCUGGCUCAAGAACCACAUCAAAUCCUACCCAUACCGACACAAGUGUAAAAUGGAAAAGAGCUGAAAGUGUGAAGGACCCGAACAAAGAUGCAAUUGGUAGAGGCUCUAUGGCUAAAGUUAGUCGUCCAUCCUUAAGCAGGGGCGAACGCAGGACAAAGGCAAAACCAAAGAAAAAAAUAAGCCAACAGUAAUCUUCAGCAAA